UUCGUACAAGGUGACACCCUCUUUUACGCCACCCACCUCCUCCCUGAGUGACUCAGCCUCGGCGGAAGCAGCAGCCUCUGCGCUGUUCAUUAAUGCAGCAGGUGGGGAUUGAAACUCCACUCAGUAAACCCAGUUAAACAUUAGUUUCAGCUGGAUCCACCUGUUGAGCCAAAAAGCCCCAGUUUUCUGCUCAUGAGAGAGAUCCUUAUUGGACGGCAGCAUGUCAAAUCUCACCAUGAGAAAAACGACUCCCACAGGACAUGAUAAGAGUGCCGCUCAAGGAACCAUGCUGAGGCAACAGGGCUCUCACGAAGUAAACAAAAAAAGGACUUUCUUACAGGAUAACAGCUGGAUAAAGAAACAUCCCGAAGAGGAAAAAGAUGAAAAUUAUGGUAGGGUGGUGCUCAACCGGCAUAACUCCCAUGAUGCCUUGGACAGGAAAACAAAUGAGAGAGAAGAGCCAAAGGCCACAAUUAGCCGGUACAAAUCUGAUGAUACUUUAGACAGGAUCUCAGACAGAAAAGAUGCUGCUAAAACACACAAGGCCAGUACCUUGGAUAACCGACUAACCAAUAGGUGUCGGCAACCUGGCAAUUUGUUCAGCACAAACACCACCAACACCACAGCUUCCACCUCUGCUACCACUCCUGUAAAGAAAAAGAGACAGUCCUGGUUUCCACCACCCCCUCCAGGUUAUAAUGCUGCCUCAGGCCCAGGAACAAGCAGGAGGGAACCAGGUUUUCACCCUCCAAUCCUUCCAAAGCCCAGUUCUCCAGUUUCUUCUCCUAACCUGCUGAGGCGGGAUAAUAGGAGUCAGGAUCUCGAUAACACUGUCAAAGUGAAUACUUCAUCUCAGAAAACUGACAAGGGUGAAGAAUUGGAUAAUCUCAUCAAAAUGAACAAAAGCUUGAAUAGAAACCAAGGUCUCGAUGGCCUCUUCAGAGCAAACCCUAAGGCAGAGCAACCAGAGAAGAGAGCUAAAAGUCUUGAAAACCUCAUCUGUGUGAACCCCUGGACAGACAAAGGUGGCAAAGGAAACCAAGGCUUUGGAAGCCUUAUUAAAGUUAAUCAAAGAGAUGACAAAAAUGAGAAAGGAAAACAAGACCUCGAUGGGCUUAUUAAAGUGAGUCCUGAAACAAAUAUCAAGAGGGGACAGAGCCUUGAUAAUCUCAUCAAUGUGACCCCUGAUGUAAACAGAAGAAACCAAGGCUCCAAAGACCUUGAUAGUCUAAUCAAAGUGAACCCAAGAACAGGAAAAAGUAUCCAAGGGGGCCAAAGUCUUGACAAUUUCAUCAAAGGUGUUCCUGAAGCAAACAGGACUAACCAAGGGAGCCAAGACCUGGACAAUCUUAUCAAAGUAAACCCCUUAGCAAACAAAAGCAGUGAACAAGGCCUUGAUGAACUUAUUAAUGUAAGCCCCAAAGCUGUCAGAAAUAUCACUGGGAACCAAGAUCUUGAUAAACUCAUCGAAGUGAAUCCUGAAACUCUAAGGAAUAACCAAAGAAACCAUGACCUAGAUAAGCUCAUCAAAGUGAACCCUGCAGUAAUCAGGAGCAAUCAGAGCCAAGACUUGGAGAAAUUUAUUGAAGUGAAGCCUUCAGCUCUCAGAAACGCUAAGCGAGACCAGGACCUCGACAAUUUAAUUGAAGUAAACUCCAAUGUGUCUGAAAGUAAUGUGUCUGAAAGUAAGAAUGGAAGCUCCAGUGUUGGAAGCAGGCAUGAAGGACCAAAGGAUACAGUUGUGUACACAAGGACAUAUGUGGAGAAUAGUAAAUCACCUAAGGGUGUACAUCCGGAAAAUACCUCUGGAAACUACAUUCAGACUGUUUAUUCAACUUCUGAUAGGUCUGUCAUUGAGAGAGAUAUGUGCACUUACUGCCGAAAACCCUUGGGCGUAGAAGCGAAAAUGAUUUUAGAUGAAUUACAAAUUCGCUGCCACUGCACUUGCUUUAAGUGUGAAAUAUGCAAACAGCCUUUGGAAAACCUAAAAGCAGGCGACAGUAUUUGGAUUUAUAGACAGACAAUACACUGUAAACCUUGCUACUCUAAAGUUAUGGCAAAGUGGAUUCAAUAAUUCUGGUUCCCGGGAAUCAAGAUAACAAGCAUUCCUUAUGAAAUUAAAAGCUUAAAAUGUUUAUUUUCAGAGUACAUAAUGUAGAAGAGCUUUGACACUGAAGAUUGACUCUUGUAUAAAAUGAACGAUUCUGCUACUGCACAAAUGAUCUAAUGCUUUCGGUAGGGGCAACAAGUAAAAAGAACCAUCUAGCAGCUGGCUAGAUAAGAAACUCAAGUGGUCCCAGUUACUGUCGUCAAAGCAGCCAUGUCUCUGACAGCUGUGAGCCUUAUCAGCUCUAACCUGGUCCAUCCCCACUCCGUAUUUAAGCUGUGGGUCAUGGUUUCCAUUAUAACCAAGUGUCUCAUUUUCUCCCCUUCAUUUUUCUAAGAAUUUGGACUUAUCGACGUUAUUGACAUCUUUGUCAAGGAAGCAAGAUACGUUUCCUGUUAGUGCAAAAAGAAAUGUUGAUCAACAUUUCCUGAUAAAGUUUGGCAGAAAGAUGCUAAUAUAUAAGGUUGUAUGCAUCUCAGAUAGAUAAUCACUUCAACUUUCUGAAUCUCUGAAUCUGCAAUAUGAGGGGCGCUGAACAAAAUGAUUUUUAAGAUCCAUUUCUGUUCCCCAAAUUCUCCAAUUUUAAAGCAAGUUUUAGUUUGCUCUUCUGAAACCGAUAUAUGUGUGUGCUCGUUAAGCAGAUUAAACUAGAAAGAACAUUUAGAUUUUAACUUUAGUGUCACUUUUAGUUUAUCACGGAUGUAAUUUCUGUAGACUGCCUUUUUAACUCAGAAAGAAAUGAAUUUAUAGGUAAGAGAUAAAAUUAUAUGACAUGUGUAGUUUACAUAUUAUGGUUUGUUAAAUUUUCUUUGCAUGUAUUUCAAAAUCUGGGUAUAUGAAUGACCAAUGAGAAAUCACGGUUAUGGACCAAAAAGGCACUUUCUGUAGCAUGUUAAAUAUAUUCAUAUUAUAUGGCCCUUUAUAUUUACAGAAGGCUUAUAAGAAUAAAAUAAACUAUAAAUUAC